AUGGCCUCCCGCUUUCGAUUACCACGGCAGCUCACAGCUCACCUUCGCUGCCCUCGCAUCUGCUCAUACUCGAACUCAUACUUUAACUCAUACUCCAACUCAUACUCCCGAAACUUCACCCUCUCAGCCACCCUACAAACUCUUAAACAGGAACAGCCUCCACGCCCAUUUUCACGUUCCACCAAAAUCCCCAACGAACCUCAACCCCUCGAUUACCUAGUCAAGGAAUUGAAGUGGCCCCUCUUCGGCGCCGGCAUCUCAGCUCUCGCAAUAGGCCUCUACAUCUCCCUCGAAAUCGCCCGGGAAGCGCGGGGCCACGUGCUCGAAGUCGCCGUCGGCACGGGCCGCAACCUGGCGCACUACACCUGGGACGAGGUGAUCUCGCAAUCCCAAGACGAGACGGAAGCCCGCGCCGCGCGCGAACGCGAACGCCUCGUCCGCCUGCUCGACCAGCACCGGCCCGGCGGGCCCGCCCUCCGCGGCCAACAACAUCAACAACAGCACGGACACGCCAUCGGCUCGCUGCCCGGCGAGGUGCUGAGCUUCACGGGGGUGGACGUGAGCGCGGACAUGAUGGCGGUGGCGCGCGACCGCAUCCGCAGCGCCGUGCCGGGGCUGGACCGGCUGAUGCGCCGGCGGCGCAUCGAGGAGAUGCCGCGGCUGCGGGUGGACGAGGUUGCCGACCGGGGCCUGCCCGUGGUGGAGGUGCUGGACGGGCGCGUGCGGCUGGUGCUGGGCGACGCGCUGAGGGGGUUGCCGCCGCCGCCUGCGCCGCCCGCGCCGCUGCUGCGUUCAGAAGUUGGGGACGGGGUGACGGCCGGCGGGAGGGGGGUGGAGGCGCCGACGAAGUACGAUACGAUUAUCCAGACGUUUGGGCUGUGCAGUGUUGCGGACCCGGCCCGGCUGCUGGCUAACAUGGCGGGCAUGGUGCAGCCGGAUACGGGCCGGGUUCUGCUGGUGGAACACGGGCGCGGGAGCUCCAACUGGGUAAACAAGGGGCUGGACGAAACGGCGGACAAGCACUUCCGCAAGUUUGGCUGCUGGUGGAAUAGGGACAUUGAGAAGCUCGUCCUGGACGCGGUCGAGGAUAUUCCUGGCCUGGAGCUGGUCCGGCUAGAGCGGCCGUUGUGGUUGCAGGCCGGCACCACGCUGCUGAUUGAAUUGAAGGUCAAUAGCCAGGCUCUGGGCUACGUUGACCAUAAGCCAGCCGGCAGUGGUCGGAGGUAG